GUGACACUGUAUGCUUUGUGAACCAUGCGGACUAAUGGAUUAUGCGCAACUCAUGGUCAGUCAGAAUGUGCAGUGUGUGUGUGUCCGCUGGCAAAGAAGGUCUCGGCAGACACACACAAUCGUCUCGUCUUCGGCUUCCCUAUCCCUGACUCCUAUGUGUGUAUUUGAGUGCGAGAAUGACAGCGACACACAGCCCCACUAGUAUGAGCAGUAUCCCCAUGCAUAUGAAACACCCACACCGCCGACGCCGUGACCGGCGGUACUGAUCACCCUGCAUAGCAGAUGGGGAAAGGACGAGACACAGCAUGACAUUGACACGAAUGCUUUGCUGCAAUUGUGCUGACUGCCUGACCAUGAUGAGGGCUGUGUGGCCCCUCUCCACCUCAGCAGACGCCGGUGCGAGGUGGUGCUCGGCCAUGUCCAGCCCCGCCUGCUGGGACUGCACCUACACACACCACCAUAUGCAGUGGAUUUUCGCGAAUGUUCGGCGUGACACAGGCUACCCACCAGCAUCUCGACGUCCCUGAAUAGCUGUUUGAGAUCCUGCAUGUCCUCCUGCAGACGCGACAACUCCUCGUGCCGCCAACGCAGCACUGACACCUGCACCCAUGUGUAUGUGCACACACACAUAUGACACAUCCACAGGUGUGAGGCGUAGGUCUGCAUUUCAUGCGCACUUGUAGGCUGUCAGAGUCCUCUACCCGGAUGCUCUGCAGGGACCCACCGGCUCCCGUGGCCGCGGCGGACGCCCCACCGCUGACAAAACUCGACAAGAUGCUACCGCUACGAGACGCUGACGAAACAGAAUGACAUGUGGGGGUGAGAAAUAUCGGUGUUAAUGUUUCUUUUUUGUAUGUAAGUACAUCUUGAUAGUAUCGAUGAUGAAUGGCUGAGCCUCCUGAUUUCCCGCUCCUCCUUGUGCACGGAUCCCCUCCACAGGCGGUCGUAGCGGCGCAACAGCUGCAUUCCAAGGGAGGGACAAACACAUGACGGCCCCGCCCCGCCCCGCCCCUCUCACUCACGCGUGUGUAGCUUCUGCACGCGGCCUUGGCUUUGCUCUUCUCCCUGACGUUGGGCUGAAGGCUGCGGAACGCAGAAUGCGCCAGCCGGCAUCGCCGACGGCACUCAUCACGACUCUACCGAAGUACAAAGAGCACAUUGAUUGCAGUGUGUGUGUGUGUGGCGGCCUGCCUGCUGCAGAUGUUUGCGGAAACCAUCCUGAUGCACAAACCAUCCAUCCAUCCGUCCAUCCAUCCAUCCAUGCAGAUCCAUUCCAGAUCAAUGUGUCUGUAUUGGGUCUGUAUGGGAUGGAUACCGUAUCUCGUUUGGUGCCGACUUGUCUGGUCAGCUGCUCCACCUCCUCUAUUGCCUUCCUCAGCGACUCUACACCACGCUCGAACGCCGCAAUGCUAUCCACAGGGACCGCGCUCUCACCCGACGCAUCCUUGACAUCGCCAUGUUCCAAUGGCGGCAGGGGCGCACCCGCAGAUAUGGAUCGAGUGCGAGGGGAGUCGGAAGGGAACGAGGACAUCUGGAGGAAUAUCUUCCAGAUCUUCCGUCUGG